CCAUAAUUUCGUUCUCAGCCAGCCUGUAACGCCUAAGGGAAAGCAGAAGCGCUUUCCUUUCCAACGCCCUUCGCCUGCAACGCCCUCGCUAGUUCGCCCUACUCCUGCAACUCGACAGCAUGGAUGUGACCAGUCUUGAUUUCGAUUCACUGGAACGGAACGCCCUGGAUGAGACCAUGGCGCAAUUGACACCACAACCGAGCUUUUCAUAUGCAUGGGAUUCCUUCGAGCCAUUAGACGAGGGCUGGACGACCUAUCAACAGCCGGACAACAUCACAAGCGAAGCCAGCCAACAUGAGAGCCUCAUGUGAGUAAAAAAAAAAAGAAGUCGUGCUAACGAGGGCGAUUCUUGAGCCGCAGUCCAGCAACUUCUCAGGGUCAAACCGACUCCCCACCGAUGUUAGUGAACUUUUGUGUCGACUACGGACUUGGAUCGAGCGACAAUCCGAUAUACAAGCUCGAACCUUGGUCGGGCAAUAGACCAUUGCCAGAGCAGAAGACUUCUCCUCCAUGCAAGGCAAUUGAUCCAGCAACCACUGUUAUACCCUCAACACAGGGAACAUUCAUCGCCCAGCCAUCUUGCUGCAGCUGGUUGAGCUGCUCACUUGGAAAUGUCCCUUUCUUGAACGAUGCCGACCUCAAGAUUCACCUAGAGUCUCAUGCAAUCUCUGUCACUCAGAAUUGGGCAGGUACCAGUAAAUGCACGUGGAGUGGUUGCAAGUCAAAGGCGGUCUUCAAACUUCUCUCGUCCUUGGAGAGACAUCUUGAAAAUAUUCACGUCGCACCAAUCAUCUGUGUAAUUCCCAGCUGUUCUUUCAAGGGGCCAUUCCGAAACAAUUAUGAGCUUCAGCGUCAUGCACAUCAGAAGCAUUCCAAUGUAAAAGCCUUUUGGUGCCCCUUCAAAGGCUGCAAAUUAUCAUUCGCCAGAAAGGACAAAUGGGCGCAACACAUCGAAGAAGUGGAGCAUGAGAACGACCUAUUUUGCCCAGUCCUCCACUGUGAUAAGGAAAUUAGAGGAGACUUUCAAGGAUUUCAAUCUCGCAAAGAAAUCAGCCAUCACAUCUUCAAUGAGCAUAUGAAAGCCUCAGGGGAAGUUCGAGCUUGGGAGUGUCAUAUCGGAGGAUGCGAUAUUCAGUCAUCUUGUCUCAAGUUGACAGUAUCACAGAUGCGAAGACACCUCAGACGUGAUCAUGGACUUUCGCAAAGUAAUUUGGAUACUUUGGUCAAUUUUGACAGUGCCGAGCAUCAUAUUGUCUGGUCCAGCCAAAUGUCAAGUGCGUUCUCAUGGUCGGUUUGCAAGCUUUGUGUUCCACCUUCUCUAUUGCCCUCAAUCAGCGACCAAUCUGGCCAGGUUGACAGACAUGUUACGGUCAAGGCGACUUUAUCUCCACGGCUAGCGAGGUCUGGCACCCGAAAUCGCGCUAUAUUUUUCGUCUGCUGCCAGUGUAACAUGCCCUCUCUUCUGAGAACUUCACCGUUCUGCACGUAUUGCGAGCCUGCUCAUAAGUCUUGCAACGAUUGCAGACUGAGCUGAAUUACAUCUUUGACGACUGAGAAGUUCCACGGGCUUCUGGCUUCCUUAGCGAAGGGUUUUGGAGCUUGGAACUUAGAUUUACGAGUCCUUUUCUCAUGUUU